CUCAAGAAGCAGGAGGCCGAGCUCGUGGAUCUCCGCAGCCGGAUGUGGGCCGUAGAGCAGGCCAAGGUGGAGCUUCGCCAGACGGGCAUGGACAACCAUGUCCCUAUUUAUGAGGCCGAUGUUGCCAAAAUCAAGGAGUCUGGUUCCAUUGCCUUCCAGAGGUCCAAAGCUUACACUGGUGCCAUCCACACCAUGGCCAUGAAAUUCCUCCCGAGGCUCGUCGGAGAAUUUCUGGCCACCUGCCCGGAUGCCUACCUGGACGGGGUCAAAUUGCUCCAGGCCACCCCCACCGGACGGCGUUUCCUUAAUGACCUUGCCGAUGAUACUUAUCGCAAGGGUAUGGUCGGGCUCGUAGCGGAGAAUCUCCCCACGUUCGAGCGUCAUUUCGGGGCUCCUUUCGAUCCGGAGGCGGCUGGCUUCGACAUCCUGAUGGCUGAUGCCCAUGCGGGAGCCCUUGAGCUGCUGAGAGAGCAGGCGGAAGCCAAAGCUAGUGAAGAAUGCAAGCAGGCUCUUUCCAAAGUUCCAGCUCCGGACGUUGAUCAAAAGUGAUUUCCCGUUCAUGACCUUGUACUUGCACAACUUUUCCAUUAUUUUCACUAUCUUGUGAUUUCCCGGCCGAUAGUGCCGAAGAAUAAAAAUCAUUCUUUGCUCCAUGCUCGUCUGGCUUUUUUUUUUUUUUUUUUUUUUUUUUUUUUUUUUUUUUUUUUCGGAGUCUUUUAGUCUUCGUUCGUCCUUGGUCCCUGGUCCCACCGGCGUCCCCACUUCGAGGAGACGUUCGGUGUCCGCCGACAUCACAAGGAGGAACAGGUUUAUCUACAUCGAGAUUCCCCCCUUUUUUCGUUCGUCCAUGGUCCUUUACCGACGUCUCUUGCUUCGACGAGGACGCUAGGUACCCAAAGAACUCGCAGGGACGAACAGGUCUACCCUCACGGGUCCCCGACUUUGUUAUCCCACGUCCAUCGAUCCAUGGUCAUUUGUGGGAUAAACAGGUUUAUCUUGGCAGGCUCCCUUGGUUCGUCUAGCCCCCCCCCGCGUCUCUACUAACCUCUACAUCGAGAGGCGUUCGUCUUCGGCGGUUGGAGAAGAUCUGGCACACCCGGACAAGAUUCCCUUCUUCAUAGGAGCUACCCUCCUCUUCUCCCCAUCUUUAUUAUUUUUUUUUUUUUUUUUUUUUUUUUUUUUUUUUUUUUUUUUUUGGGGAGGCAAUCAUAGUCUUCGUUCGUCAUUGGUCCUACCGACGUUCUUACAUCGAAGAGACGUUCGGUAUCCGCGGACAUCACAAUGAGGAACAGGUAUAUCUGCAUCGAGAUUCCCUUCUGCUUCGUUCGUCCUUGGUCCGUGGUCCUACCGGCGUCCCUACUUCGAGGAGACGUUCGGUAUCCGUAGACAUCUCAAGGAAGAACAGGUUGAUCUGCAUCGAGAUUCCCUUCUUGUACGGUUGUUGGCGAGAACAGAAGUGAUGAAAAACAGGGGGCCUUAUUAUUGACGACGUCCGGUCAUUUUACAUUCAGUGGGAACAAUACAAGGACAACGGCCUCUAACUAUUGAUAGAACUUCUUCAGGUGUUCUACGUUCCACACCCCGGCAUGGUUCCCCUCCAGGGUACGGAGGAGGAACGUCCCCUGGUUGUAUCUUCUGAUGACCCGGUAAGGUCCUUCCCAGUUCUUCGCCAUUUUGCCACCUUCGAGUGGCUUGCUCUUCUCUCUUUUCCUGAGUACGAGGUCCCCGGCCUCUAUUUCGCGGAACUUCACGGCCUUGUUGAAGUAUCUCUGGGUGGCCCUGUGAUACUCUUCCAUGCGACGAGCCGCUAGGUCCCUCCGUUCCUCAAUGAAAUGGAGCUCUGCUCGUAGGUUGGUCUCGUUGUCUCCCGGCUGGAAGUGCUUGGUGCGAUGUGUAGGUACCAACACCUCCGUCGGCACCUUAGCUUGGAAGCCAUAAGCCAAGGCGAAAGGGGUUUCCC